CUGCCCCCAAACCCUGCUCUCAUUGGCUGAGAAUCCAGGAAAGGGCGUUAACCUUAAGGAGACCGUGGCAAGAUGGCGUCCUUGGAUCGGGUGAAGGUUCUGGUGUUGGGAGACUCAGGUGUUGGGAAGUCGUCACUCGUCCAUCUUCUGUGCCGCCAUCAAGUGCUGGGAAAUCCAUCGUGGACUGUGGGCUGCUCAGUGGAUAUCAGAGUUCAUGACUACAAAGAAGGAACCCCUGAAGAGAAGACCUACUAUAUAGAACUAUGGGAUGUUGGAGGCUCUGUGGGCAGUGCCAGCAGUGUGAAAAGCACACGAGCAGUGUUCUACAACUCUGUAAAUGGCAUUAUUUUAGUACACGACUUAACAAAUAAGAAGUCAUCUCAAAACUUAUACCGCUGGUCACUGGAAGUUCUCAAUAGGGAUUCGGUUCCAACUGGAGUCCUGGUGACGAAUGGGGAUUAUGACCGAGAACAGUUUGCUGAUAACCAAAUCCCACUGUUGGUAAUAGGGACUAAACUGGACCAGAUCCAUGAAGCCAAGCGCCAUGAAGUUUUAAUUAGAACUGCUUUCUUGGCUGAGGACUUCAAUGCUGAAGAGAUUAACUUGGAUUGCACAAACCCAAGGUCCUCAGCCGCAGGCUCCUCCAAUGCUGUCAAGCUCAGUAGAUUUUUUGAUAAGGUCAUAGAGAAGAGAUAUUUUUUUAGGGAAGGUAAUCAGAUCCCAGGCUUUUCUGAUCGGAAGCGGUUUGGAGGAGGAACAUUAAAGAACUUCCAUUAUGACUGAGUUGCACUCACGCUUUACGUGAGCGAGCGGGCCGCGGCCCUCUCCACAGCUCUCCUCUUGCUGUGUCGGGUUAUCAACUUCUCAGGCUCUGAUAACAACAUCUCAAAAUGCUACCUCACCCUCAAGGAAAUGGAAAAGAAAGCAACGAUGUGGACGGUCCUCCUGUGCCCUGUUCUGUAUUCCUCACCUCCUGUCCUGCUUAUCACUUACGUAAAAGCAUCAAGACAAUAUGAGAUAUUGUCAAACCAGUGCAGUAAACGAGUGUGACAAGGACUGCAGAGAAAACUGACUCUUGAUUGUGCAAUUUUCCCACACUCACUGCUGAAGGCUUAAUGAAGCACUCCAGAAACCUA